CGCGUUUAUUCAUGGUAUGGUCACGUAGUGUAACAUUGUGUCGUGAAUUAUAUGAUAUGAAAUCUAAUUUAAAAAUUUAAUAACUCGAUGUAUUAAUUAUAGUAAAUGUAAUUUUACCCUUAUUCUAUUUUACCAGAACACCAUCCCAUUUUUGGGGUGGUAUUUUUUGAAAUUUCAUAAAGAUACAUGAGAGUAAUGAUAAAAUUAUGUCAAAGUAUUUAGUACAAAUAAUUCUACUAGGCUCUAAGAUAGUAGGUAGAGCAUUUGCUCGGGCUCUUCAACAAGAAUUUGCAGCUAGUCAAGAAGCAGCACGUAGAGCAGGCAACAAUGAACAAGCAGGUCGGCGGAGGGUGGCUACUAAUAUUCGAACUGGUAUAACAUUAGAAGAAGCAUUACAAAUUUUAAAUGUUCAACAAAUAGAUGAAUCUGAUGUAAUUCAACGUAACUAUAAAUAUCUUAUCGAAGCAAAUGAUAGAUCUAAAGGUGGUUCAUUUUAUUUACAAUCAAAAGUUGUUAGAGCUAAAGAACGUAUUGAUGAAGAAUUAAAAAAUAUAAAGACUAAACCCCCAAAAUCAAGUAAUUCAAGACAAACACCAAAUUCACAACUUUAACAUUUAACAUUUUCUAUUUGAACUAUGUGGAGUUUUUUAACAAUUUAAUACUUAUUAGUAAGAUCAAAGUUUAAUGUAAACAAAGAUCAAGG